UUUGAUAUAGAGAAGGCCUAUGGUCGCUGUUGGCUCUGCGCGAGAAUCUACUCUUCGGAUGCUGGAUCCAAUCCACCAUCAAGCACUAUGUUUGUGCACCAGUGCAUUUCGAACUUUCCCUGUUCAAAGUUUGUAUGUGGAUGCUUAUGAGUCUUCACUAUCUCUCAGGAGAGAACAGUUGUCUUCUUUUUAUUACAUUAAACAAAAAUCUCAGAAAAAUCUUACAGCUGAUUGUCCAGAUACUCAGCUGAAAAGAUUAUUUGCCGCUCGGACGAGUUGUGUCCCUACAUUCGACAUUAGAAUGGAGAAUGUGAGCAGCACGAUUGACCUAGACACAAGCAACAUCUCACAUAUUGAGGUUAAUAGUAUUCCACCUUGGUCAACUUCACCGAUCGAUGUUGAUUUAAGCUUAAAGCAGUUCCCUAAAGAAACCACACCAGACUACGUCUAUAGACAGCACUUCGCAGAAAUUCAGCAUCGUAACAGGAAUUUAAUUCCUAUAUACACCGAUGGAUCUAAAUCAGAUAAUUAUGUUGGCUUAGCCUUUGUUUGCCAGGAUGAAAUUGUGGCAGAACAUAUAGCACCGAAUUCUUCCAUCUUUUCUGCGGAGUUGCAGGCUAUUUAUUUAGCUAUAAAGUAUAUAAAUCAGAAAGGUCAUCGUUGCUGCGUGAUUUACACUGACUCAGUUAGUGCACUUCAGGCUUUGAUCUCGUAUGAACGUAGUUCUCACUUCAUAGUUAUUAAAAUUCGAAAACUAAUUAGUCAUCUCACUACGAGAAAUUUUUUUGUGAAGUUCUGUUGGGUCCCAGGCCACGUGGGUAUAAGAGGUAAUGAAGAAGCUGAUACAGCUGCUAAGUCGGCAAGUCCUUCACACAGCAUACAAUGCGUAUUGAAGGAGGUGAUUUGAACAGAGAGAUGGCAGAUCAUGUGGAAUGCAGAAAUCCACAAUAAACUUCACGAGAUCAAAGCUUUGGUAGAAAAUUGGACACAUAAUAGGCAUUAUGAUAGGAGAUCUGAGGUUAUCCUGACUCGUUUGAGAAUUGGACACACUCGACUGACUCAUUAAUACCUUUUGAAGGGAGAUGACGAACCAGUAUGUCAGCACUGCAACUGUGCUGUAAGUGUUAAACACAUAUUUUGCAACUGUGUUGCUUUUGAUCAGAGUCGUAGACAGCAUUUCGGAAAUGCAAGCUUUAUAGACAUUUUGGGCCAGAGGCCAAAUCUGGAUAAUAUACUGGACUUUCUAAAAGUCAUUAAUAUGUAUAGGGAAAUCUGAUGAUUUAUUUAUCGUACAGUUUUAUUUAGUUUGAGUUGCAUAUCUAAAUUAUUGUAUAUAUUUUUUGUUGUUGUUUGUUUACUUAUUUUUCUUGUUGUUUAUUUAUUUAUUUAUUCAUUAUAUUCUAGAGUUUAUAUUUAUAUUAUCAUUGACUUUUUAAUGGUUAAACUGUGAUGUUUUGUUUAUGUGUAUAUAUGUUUCCCUAUUUAUUUUCUACUUUCAAUUGUACCAUGUGUCGUGGCACAGUAUAUCCUGCCUGGCAUUUGUGCCAAAAAAAUUAACCAACCAACCAACCUCCAGAUUCUGAUCCGCCCAUGUCUGUAAUUUGACUUCUUUCGGUUCUAACUUGUCUUGCUGGAUUUUAAUUUCUUUUAAGGUCCGUUCGCUCACUACAGUGUACCCAGCCCCUGAAUCAAUUUUCAUCAUGACUGGUAUAUUUUCAAUAUGAAUUUAGAUUUUUAAGGAUGGUAUCCUACUUUCAUGUAUUUUGAAUAGAGAUGUAUACAGUAUUCCCCUACCUGAUUCGAUGUUAAAUUUUUAUGUUCCUCAAUUCAGUGUACUUUGGCUCUCUGGCUGGAUACCUCUCUCUGUUGUUGCCCAAUUUGGUUUCUUCCUUGGUCUCA